CUCUGUCCGCAUCUCUGCCUCCAUCAGGACACGGAGCUCCGCCUCGGAUGCUGCUGGAACUGUUUAUCUGAUUACCAGAUACACGAGCUGCGCUUCCUUAAAGCGACACCCUGGCCUUAAUUAAUUACACUGCCAGUGAGAGAGAAAGAGAGAGAAGGAGAGGAGGAGAGAGAGACGCCGAGGAUGCAGCGCCCACCUCCUCCCUGCAGGAUGCCGCGAGCCGCCGCUUCAUCUCCUGCCUCGAGGUUAUGAAACUGUAAUCUGACCCUGCACGCCAGCAGGAAGACCCCCUCCUCUUCCUCCUCCUCCCUCCUCCUCUCCAUCCUGGGAUACAUCCACGAUCAGUGCGUCACGCGGGUUUUUCUUCCGCUUUCUCUCUGCAUCACGCUCAGCUGAUGAAACUGGCAGCAAACGCACGUCCCUACAGCCUGCACGGCAUCUAUGGAAGGCGUUUUUAGGUCCGCGUGUGAGCGUCCUCUCUGCUGUGCUGGCGGCCUUCCUGUGUUUCUGCACUCCUGUUUCGCAGCCGGUACUUUUCCGCUCGCACGCAGCAGAUGAAACCUCGACUCCCUGCCUCUGCGCUUCCUCCCCGCGUGGGCUCUGAGACCUGCGUCAAGCGCGCCUCGUCCUCUCCGCGUCCCCGCCGUCGCCGUGCCGCUGAUGCGGUGCGCCUGGGUGCUCGCUUUCUCCUCGUCCUGGCCGGUUCCUGAUCCUCUGGGCCGGAGGGCCAGCCUCCUCCAUCGGGGCAGGAUGGUACGGUUUGUGAGCGCGCUGGGGCUCGUCAUAUUCAGCGUGGCGCUGCUCAUCCUGUCUCUCAUCAGCUAUGUCUCCAUCAAGAAGGACUUCCUGUUCAGCACCCCGAGAUAUGGACCCAACGGCGGACCCAGGAUGUACAUGUUCCAUGCGGGGUUUCGUGAGAGGCCACCUCGCAAACCCGACCUGAGCUCCCAGUUGGCGAUGAAGUAUUUGGAUCCAGCUUUUACUUCUCUGACCAACGCUCUCAGCGAGGACCUGCAGAACUCAUCUAAAUGGAGGCACAACAGCACUGCUUUUAACCAGCAGAGGAAGGAGAUCUCUCAGUACAUCGACAUACCCCACAACUUCACGCUGACUCGAGACUCAGUCCGAAUCGGUCAGCUGAUGCACUAUGACUACUCCAGCCACAAAUACGUCUUCUCCAUCAGCGACAAUUUUCGCUCUCUCCUCCCGGAGGUCUCACCAAUCCUCAACAAGCACUAUAACGUAUGUGCUGUGAUUGGCAACAGCGGCAUCCUCACUGGCUCACGCUGCGGUCCCCAGAUUGAGAAAUACGACUUUGUCUUCCGCUGCAAUUUUGCGCCGACUGAGAUCUUUAAAAAAGAUGUUGGGCGUCGCACCAACAUGACGACCUUUAACCCCAGUAUCCUGGAGAAAUACUAUAACAACUUACUAACUGUGCAGGACAGAAAUAACUUCUUCCUUAGCCUGAAGAAGCUAGAUGGCGCCAUUCUGUGGAUCCCAGCGUUUUUCUUCCACACGUCGGCCACAGUGACGAGAACGUUGGUGGACUUUUUUGUGGAGCAUAAAGGUCAGCUCAAGGUCCAGCUCGCCUGGCCUGGAAACAUCAUGAAAUAUGUCAACAACUACUGGAAAACCAAGCAGCUGUCGCCGAAGCGCCUGAGCACAGGCAUUCUGAUGUACACGCUGGCUUCUUCCAUGUGUGACCAGAUCCACCUGUACGGUUUCUGGCCCUUUGGCUGGGACCCGAACACAGGCAAAGAGCUCCCCUACCACUACUACGACAAGAAGGGCACCAAAUUCACCACCAAGUGGCAGGAGUCCCACCAGCUGCCUGCCGAGUUUAAACUCCUCUACAAGAUGCACACAGAAGGACUGCUGAAGCUCUCCCUCUCCCACUGUGCUUAGGGAUAAAACUGUGGCAGGUACCGUGCUCCUUCAGGCUCCGAUCCAGCACUUCCACUGGCCGGAAUUACAGAAAGGGUGAGACAAGCAAAGUUGGGACUCCUGCCGUUUAGUCAAAGGCAACAGCUUGACUGUAAGGCUGAGUUUGUGCAGUGGAGAUCAGCCUGAGAUACCAGAGCAAAGGCUCGUAAUUGUGCGCUCAAGAUGAACUGUAACAGCUCAAUAAACAAGCAGUGUGUUAAUUUUCUACUGCUCAUAAAUCUACAGCUGAACAGCACUGCGUUUAGUUUCAUUUUACCACAGAAAGGUGGACUGUCAUGCAAAAGCUGGUCUUCAGACGAGUGUCACAGUGCUGAAUCGUUUAAUAGCGUUUUAAUUGCAAUCAGGGUCUUUCACAGAACUAAUGCAGACACAUGCAACAUAAAACAGCUCCAUCCAGAAAUGACAGCAUGUAGGCCAAUCAGAUUCAAGCACAUAGAUCCAGGCAUGGCAAAAAACAUGAUUUUGUGGCUGUUUUCAAAAAUUGCAAAGUGCUGUCUUACGUUCGUUAUAUAUUAUACUAAACAGCUGUGUGGCGCUGGGGUUUGGUAAACCCUCAAACUCAGAGCUCUGACAUUUUGGGGUUUUUAUUUCUUUGGUUUCUUUGCUGUUUUUGGUCUGAAAACAACAAUGCUGGGAUCAUCCGCAUGUCAGGGACCACACUGACAAAGUCUGGAGGUUGGAUGUAUGCAGGGUCCUGACACUAUCCUAGAUUUUAUUUUUGUACAUUAGAGUCAUAUUAAGAAAAGAAGAUGAAGCUUGAUGAAGAUGAUGAUGAGAUCAAGUUACACAGUAUUUUGCCUUUGACCAAGAUACAUUAUCAGACUUCAUAUCUUUCUGUUUUCAAAACCUCUACAGUGCCACGUACAAAGGAGAACAAAUGGAGGGACCAGGUUUGGCUUUCUUUGCUUCACCUGACAGCUCCAACAUCAUUAUCAGUCUUUCCUUUUGCCAUGUCUGCUGUUGUGCUAUAUAUAAGAACGCUCAGUCUCUAUAUUUAGCACAGUGAAAGGAUAUAGUA